GAUAAACAGACCUUUGGGCCAAUCCGACACAAUUCGCUGCUUGAGCAUGUCGACCGUCGAAGCCGCCGAGUAGCGGAAGGGGCCGAGGUCGGACCCAUCGUAGAGCCUGAAUUUCACGUCGACCAAAUCCUCCUCCGGCAUCUGAGCAAUCGAUUUCUCCUCUGCUCUCUAGCAACCGACGAAAACCAUAAUCCGCCGGCUCUCGUCAGCAAGUUUGCAACAGAUCCGAACCCAAGAAUUACCGAUUCGCCGAUCUCGAUCGCCCAACAGGGGAAAGAAUCUAACCUCUUAAAGAUGAUGUUGCUUGGGAUCAAAGUGAAACGAGGAUGAGAGAUCUUCUUAGGCGGCCGUCUCUCGCUCGAGGAACAGGAUGAUGAAACUUGAAAGUGGCGACGGCGGAAGUGGACGAUGUUGAAGAAGCGGAAGAGGGACGAAGAAGGAGGAGCUAAGGAGAAGGAGAUGGAGAUCGUGUGGCAAACGCCGGCGAAUCUGCCGGAAAAGCACGAUUACAUCUUUCGAAACGGGAGACGCCAUGUAAAGCCUUACUACUUCGAGUUCAUCUGUCAUGUCAAGAGUCGUUGGGCGGGGAAGACAAUAGUUGAUUUGUUCGCUGAUGAUUUCAGAGGCCGGCCUUAUGAUUACUACGUUAGUGCUGUCAAAUGUGGACGGAUAAAGGUGGAGGGAGAAAUGGUUCCAGUUUCUUACAUAGUGAAGAAUUCCCAGAAGAUAAGCCACUUUGUACACAGGCAUGAACCGCCAGUCAUGGCAUGCAAUGUUACCGUCCUGCAAGAAGAGCCCGAUGUUGUCACCGUCUGUAAACCAGCAACUGUGCCUGUCCACCCUUGCGGUCAGUACCGUAAGAACACUGUCGUUGGCAUUCUUGAGGCUGAACAUGGUUUAGGACCUUUAUUUCCUGUUCAUCGACUGGAUCGGCUGGUCUCAGGACUACUGAUCUUGGCCAGAAAUGCUUCAAAGGCUGACCUUUUCAGACAAGAAAUCGAAGCUGGAUUGGUGCAAAAACAGUAUGUAGCAAAGGUUGUUGGCGUGUUCCCUGAAGACGAGCAAGUUGUUGAUGUCAAUGUAAAUUUUAAUGCUCGAGAAGGAAGGAGCACAGUAGAGGUUGGUGAGUUGUGUGGAAAAUCUCCUGUCAAAGGAAAGGCUGCUUGUACUAAGUUCACUCUCAUUAGUACCAAUGGGACUCAUAGCAUUGUAUUAUGCAAACCUGUCACAGGCCGAACUCAUCAGAUACGAGUUCAUUUGAAACAUACUGGUCACCCUAUUGCAAAUGACUAUCUGUACCUGUCUGAGCAUGAGACUAGCUGGUGGCCAGAAGGAAUGAGUGCUGACCGAGCUGCUGCUCGUCGUUCCGGUUUUCUGGCAUCUGAAGAUAAUGGUGCCACUAAUUGUGAAUCAAUCUGCAAAGAAGAUUUUGACGUUGAUCCAAUGUGUACCAACUGUCCAGAUUUGACUCCCAAAGGAUAUGAUGGGGAUGAAGACGCCCUGUGGCUUCACUGCGUCGAGUAUUCUGGGCCUGAAUGGAUGUAUCAGUGCCCAUAUCCAGACUGGGCUGUUCUAACUUGAGCUAAUGGGCUGAAAAGCUAGUUAGUUUCAUACAUAAUCAUUUGCCAAAUGCCCAAUGCAACAUCCCGUUACGUAGGUGCUGGGCCGUGCUUGCCUUCCUCGUCGUUCCAAAUCCUAUACUUAAUUGCUUAUUCAAUCAUCAUAUCCCUUGAAUCUUAGGGAUACUUUGCAUUCUAUGAUACUUCAUAGCACCUUUUGGUCACUUCUCAUUCAAACUGUUAACAUUGCUUGUCUUCUUGGUGUCUUGUCAUACGAGAUAGGGCAAUGCCACUAGUUUUGAAACU